AUGUCUAUGAAUCAUCUAUCGUUUCUCCGAUUUCUUUUGGUCUUUAGCCUCAUUAUGAUGGUGAGUAACACAAGCUCAUCAUACAUAACAACCGUGUGGAUCAGAAACAAACUGCAAAACCAAAACGAUCUCAUAGUCCAUUGUAAAUCCGCAAAAAAGAUAUGGGAUACCAUAGGAUGCAUCCCACUGGAUCCUACAAUUUACUUUACAAAACCAAAGAUUAUGACGACGUUGGUAUAUGGUGUCAUCUAUGGCAAGGACCUAAUUUCAAGCAUCACCAAGUGUUUGAUGUUUACAAUGGCGACGUAUGGGAAGCUAGAGAAGAUGGAAUCUAUGAUCGAUAUCCAACUCGCUUUGCAGUUGAGGCCAAGCCAGUGUAUGGUUGGGAUGUUCCUUUAUCAAAAGCUUCUUCGUUGGGAUCAAGUUGUAUCUCUUUAA